GCAGAAUUAUAAUAGGAAUCAAAUCUCUUCUAGAUGUGCAGUGAAGGUUGAUCUAAAAAAGGCUUUUGAUUCAGUUAAUUGGGAGUAUUUGCUUUGUGUAAUGAUCAAAAUGGGCUUCCCAGAAAUGUUUUGUCAAUGGAUUAAGCUUUGUCUUAGUUCUGCAUAUUUUAGCAUUUCCAUCCAAGGCAGUCUGUUUGAGUUUUUUCAGGCAGCCAAUGGUGUAAUGCAGGGGGAUCCCAUCUUCCCUUACCUUUUCACCAUAGCAAUGAAGCCUCUUACAGGCAUGUUAGAUAAGACUGCAGGGGAUAAGAUCUUGCCUUUUCAUCCCCAAUGUAGAGAGAUAGGCUUAACUCACCUGGCGUUUGCUGAUGAUUUGAUCAUCUUUUCUGAGGGAUCUGGCAGAGCUUUAAGUAGAAUCAGAAGUAUCUUGGAUGACUUCUACACGCUAUUCGAUCUACAAUGUAAUCCAGAUAAGUGUGAAGUUUUCUUUGGUGGACAAGCUAAGCAAUUCAAGCACAUUGCUAUUCAGGUUUCUGGUUUCAAAGAGGGACACCUCCCUGUGAGAUAUCUUGGCUUACCCUUGAUUUCUGGAAAGCUGUCAAGCAUGGAAUGCUCAGUUCUAGUGGACAAACUUACAAGCAUGAUUAGAAGCUAGAGGGCCAAUAAAAUGUCAUAUGCUGGCAAACUGCAACUUAUAGAUUCUGUCCUCUACUCUAUUGUGAAUUACUGGAUGGCUAUUUUUGUCAUUCCCAAGAAGACGAUUAAAGCCAUUCAGAAAGUAUGCUUUGAUUUUCUAUGGUAUGGAGAGGGAUCUGGUAGAGCCAAAGUUUCCUGGGAAACUCUUGUUGUUCCUAAGCAGGAAGGUGGCCUAGGGAUGAAUGACUUGAUUUCCUUGAAUGUAGCAUGGAUUGCUCGGCUCAUCUGGUUACUUCUUCUACAAGGUGGGAGUUUUUGGGUUUCUUGGAUAAGGAAGUAUAGGCUGAGGGGAAACAAUCUGGCAGGUUAGAAUAUCAUCCAUAGGGUCCUAGAUUUGGAAGCAAUUGUUAAAGAUCACACCUUGGAUUCGAUACAAGAUGGAUAUUGACAAUGAUGGGAUAGUAACAUGGCAACAGGAUGGAUAUUGGCAAUGAUGGGAUAGUAACAUGGCAAGGCAAUAAGAUGUUGAUAUUGAC